UUAUCCGUGCUGUGCUGGGUACGUGCAUGUGUUGUCAGAUGUCACUGUGUGUAAACUUUCCGUAUCGCGACACACGGUCGAACAUACCAGGCCGCACACACAGCUCUCGGGGGUUUCUUCUCGAUUCGAUAUCGAAUUUUGCCGUCAGUCGGAAAGCAAAACUCGUCAAGAUCAAACGGUUUUCCUUAGCUUUGCGCGAUUGUGGAUACAAUUUUAGGAUUCAGUGCUGAGACCUAACCUGGGACAUUCAUCAAACGCGGAAGAAGAACUUGACUCGACUAUUCGGUCUAGAAAGCGUGUUUCGGAAAAUUCCAGGAUUGCGAUGCCUGAGGAUAACAAUACAAUCAGUGUGAAGUGAACACGUUUCCUGUUUUUAUUGCGUUUAUGAUUGAGCAGUGUUUUGAAUGUGUUUAGUUUGCAGUGGAAUCCUGGACUUUUUUUUCGCAUGCGGCUGUGUCGAUUCGAUGCGAAAGAAGGAUUAUGUAAAAGACAUUGCGGUGAUCGCUUUGGCAUAGGACCUGCCUCCAGUUGAGAGUCACACGACCACCAGAGUUAUGCGUGUACGGAAAAAUUGCGACAUCUGAUUUAAUUGAUUUUUCUGCUCGCGCACACACUCACGGGAGGGAAGAUUUUUUUUUUCGGUACUGGACACAGCUGAAGCGUCGAGAAGGGCUUCACACUGGGAAAAGGGUGGGAGAAUCACCCACAACUUCGGAGCGUGGCGAGAACAGUUCCGUUCUUUUAUUCGUCGCAUGAGUUCGACGUGCUGUCCAAUCACUACGAGUCGCCGUCGCCAAAAAAACUACCGCAUACCAACACAAAACAGCUCUCCGCCAGCAGUGUGGUUCGUCCUUAAUGAAUUAUGCGUGAGAUAUGGUUUUCGGCGAAACAGGCGAGUUGGAAGGAUUAACCCGAGCCGUCUGCUGUCGUCGAAGAGUAUUCUAAGCGUUGAGCAUUUCAGCGGUGAUUGUCGCUGUCAACUCGUACAUUGAGCUUAAGGUAAAAGGUUUAAUUCAAUUAAAAACACAGACAAGACGGAGUAAUUCUCCUCGAAGUGGCCGAAGCAAAUGACCAGUGACUAGUGCAAGAACUACUGAAGCCACGGGCAGACGGAGAGGGAAGUGAAAAUUCUUCUUCCGUGUGCAGUGUGCGAAAUGAAAAACGAAAAAAAAGAGAGUGUGCAGAAUUUCCGUCGCUUUCCCCAUGCUGCCGUGCUGCGAAAAUAGAAGCAGAACGUCAAGAACGUCGUGUUGAAUGACCGAACCGCAUUAGAUGUGACUAGCGGAGACACGGAGAGGAGGUUGCAGGCAGUCGUGCAUAGAACAGACCAGGAGAGAAAGAAGGAAAGAGAGAGAAAGAAAGGGAGACCCAAUUGAUCCCAGAGAACGGGGCUCCACACAGGAAAACGCAGAGCAAGAAGAGCACACAGGCAGAAUUUUCUUGACGAGAGGAAAAGCUGACCCAACAAACGGAAGACUCACACCGAACGGAACCACCAGGACGGAAGGUUCGUCUUUUUUGCCGGUAGCGCCUGGCUGAACGCAGUUGACUAACUAUCUUGGUCGGUUCCAGUCUUACUGGAGUGACGACGCGACUGGUGUGAACUGGUGUCCCUCUGCAAUCAGGAAGUUAGCUUUCGGGUUUUGAACCUGUUUCUGGGAGAAGAAAAAAAAUAGGUAACUGCAAGGUGAGCGCUUCAAGCCUUUGGUGGAAGUUUUCUUUCCACUUUUUUAUUCGUCGACGAAGGCGAAUAUCCCUAGGAGAAGAAAAGUUCAGUGGAAAACAGAAAGGAAAAUCAAUUUAAGUGUGUAGUUGUGUGGAGUUUUAUAUACUCUCCUUGUUCCGUGCCGUAUUUGCCGUGUGUACAUCAAGGAAAACAAGGAAAAAAACAAUACGAAGAAUCUGCUUUUAGUACUCCGCUCAGUGCCGCAGUGGGACGUUAAUUACAUAAGAAUAAACUUGAUUUUUAAGUGUUUUCGGUUGGUUCAUUUGAAGGAAUUUUGAGUACGAAAUGAUAAUUGGAUAAGUGCUUGCCUUUCGAGACAGCUUUGGGUAACGAAUUGUCUAGCAAAUAAAUGUUCGUAGUUUAGUGUUGAUAGGAAUAGUUCGUCUUUCUUAGGGGAAAACUAGACAGCCAGUGCAUAUUCGUAGUUUUAGAACAGGAGGCCCAGUUUGAGUUUGGUUGAUUGAGGAAAAAAUAUACUAUAAUCAUACUGUGAAAUAUACUAUUCCAUGUAGAGCUAUCAAUCGUAGCGUCGACCUUAAAUGUUACACGGUGCAAGCUAGUGACUGCAGUUGCCGUGCCAUCAGCGAAAUCGGAUCCUUUCUGGCAGUGUCGAAUAUAUGUAUCUGUGAAACCAACAACGAAGCAACGAAUAAUACAAUCGGUCUAACACGGUAGCCUGAAAGGCAAGGUGAACGAAACAAAAAAAAAACGAAAAAUAUCAGCAACAACAGCCCAAAAACACCAAGGUUGCGUGCGACAUUAACGAGAGAGACCGCAACCGGUCCGCGAAUUAAAUCUGCCCUGGCGCGGUUGAACUGUGAUGGUGCUCUACGUGAAGGAUUUCUAUCGUAAGGAGCCCGACCGGCUGAGGCAGCCGCGAAUCGUGUAGCUCUGCCAUGAACAAGCAUCUCUGGAAUAACGAUACAUCCUGGGGAUGUGUCCAGGCGUUGCUGGCGCUGAUCCUGACCAUCCUGCUGUUGCCUGGUCCAGGUGGCGCCCUGGACCCCGGCAUCGACCUGCUCGACGCGCUAAGUUUACACACAAAUUUAUCCCAAUAUCAAGGGGUUACAGUCACACAAGAGUAUCAACAUCAAAGGGUAUAUCAUUUGUCAGGUGGCGAUCGAAAUCUUGUCCUUCCGACUAUGGUUUUUCACCGGGCCGCCGACAAGAUGAAGCUGACGCCCGAUUUCACGUUUGCCGUCGUCCUGAAGCAGGAGCAAGCUAACUCGGGGACCAUCGUUUCCUUCUCAAACGGAAACAAUAGGUAUUUAGAAUUACAAUCAAGUGGAAGACGUGACGAAAUACGUUUUCAUUACACACACAUAACAGCAGCGGGCGUGUCGCAGAUACACACCGAGUCCUUCCCGUAUCGACUCGCGGACGACACCGAGCACAAGGUGGCGCUAACGGUCAGCGGCACCGAGGUGCAGCUGUACAUCGACUGCCAUCCACUGUAUAAAAGAGUGACACAUUUUUUACCAGAUAGAAAUUUUAGUGCUUCCAAUAUGCAAUUAUUCGUCGGACAAAGAAACUCAAAUAGUCAUUAUUUAUUUAAGGGUGAUUUAAAAGAUUUACGUAUUAUCACCGGCCCCUACGGUUAUUUAUCACAAUGUGAACUAAUGGAUGCACAAUGUCCCACCUGUGGGCAGUUUUUAGAGUUAGAGAACGCUUUAGUAGAAUUAAAACAAACCUUGUCGCUGUUAACAAAAAGGCUAGUGGCUGCAGAGAAUCGUGUCUCGUAUAUAGAGGAAUGUGAUUGUAAAAAAUCAUGCCUAAUUAAUGGUACAAGUAAACACGAUGGUGAUAUAUGGGAUAUAGGUUGUAAUCAGUGUAAAUGCGAGCGUGGCGUUGUCACGUGUGGUCCAAGACCAUGUCCAGAGGUUACGUGUAAACAUCCAGUAUUAGAUGAGGGUGAAUGUUGUCCUAAGUGUUUAAAAAAUUGUUAUAUUAAUAAGAAAGACUUCGAACACGGCGAGAAGCAGAUCCUAGGCUGCCGAAACUGCUCGUGCAUAGAUGGCAAUAUGAUGUGUGAUAUGCUGCAAUGUCCGGAGCUCAAGUGCCCCCCGGAGCAGCAGAUGUCGGUGACGGACGAGUGCUGUAAAUUCUGUCAAGGGAUGGAUUAUUGCUCAAAGGGUCACGCAUGUCAUACUAACGCUACGUGUCUUAAUCUUAACACCAAGUACACGUGUACCUGUCGCUCGGGCUUCCACGGAGAUGGGUAUGAUUGCUCUGACAUCGACGAAUGCGCUCAACAAGGUGGUCUUAAUGGUAAUCACUGCCAUUUGAACACGCGAUGCGUCAACACGUUCGGUUCGUACGUGUGCGAAUGUUUGCCCGGCUACCGGCAGCUGGACAAGUUCAACUGCGUCGAGGUGGACGAGUGCAAGUCCGGAGAGCACACCUGUCAUCAGCACGCGGACUGCAUCAACACGGCCGGUUCGUACCACUGUCGCUGCAAGCCGGGCUACCAGGGCGACGGGUACGACUGUGAACCUGUGUGCAAUCAAACCUGUCUGAAUGGAGGUGAGUGCAGGUUGCCCGGAGUGUGUACCUGCCGAGCAGGUUACGUGGGUGAGUCCUGCGAGAAGGAUUUGGAUGAGUGUGCAACCGGAGUGCAUCGAUGCAAGGAGACAACGAACUGUGUUAACAUGCCAGGAUGGUACUUUUGCAAAUGCAAACCUGGAUUUGAAACCAAAGGAAAAGAUUGUGUAGAUAUAGAUGAGUGCUAUUUGAACACGCACAGCUGUCAUGCGACGGCAAGGUGCGUCAACACGCAGGGACAUUUCGAGUGCAUGUGCCCAAAGACAACCGUCGCCGACGUCAGCAAUAGCAAUAGGGGGUCGUGGUCAUCCGCCGACUGUAGGUUAAGUUGUAUGUUCGAGGACAGUGAAAUCCCAGACGGUGGUCAAAUUUCGCCCCGGAACCAACCGUGCAAAGUCUGCACCUGUUCCAAGGGGGUGAUUAGCUGCGUGGAACCACCGUGCAACUGUUCGACCUGGAGGCGAGGUAGCGCGCGAGACCUAUGCUGCCCGCAGUGUGAUCCCAAAGAGUCCUGCCAGCACCAGGAGCUGAAGCAUGUGACAUUUCGCAGCGGAGAGCAGUGGAUUUACCAGUGUCAGACGUGCGAAUGCCUGUACGGUGAAUUCGACUGCUGGAAGCUGGAGUGCCCUCCGUUAACUUGUGAUAAUCCCCUCCCACUUGGUCCGGGUGAUUGCUGCCCGCGAUGCUCGGACGAUAUGUGUGGCUUCAAUAACGUAACCACCAACGGGAGCACGGGGGGAAGCUCGUGUCUGUAUGAGCAGCACAUCUACACCUCUGGACAGACGUUCAAAUACCCGUCCAGAGAGUGCGCGACCUGUUCCUGUAAGGUCCCCUACUGUGCCCAACUGGUGAGCAAUUCCGCGUGUUGUGUGCAUCGCACGCAUUCCAUGAAACCCCUUUCGGAAGCAGGGAAACUCACUGACGGUAAGAUCACCUGCCAUUACGAUGAUCAUUGUAUUGACGAUGAACUACGAAAGAUUGAAGAGCCUCCUGCAAAUGGUAGUGUUAAGAGUAGUCUUUCUAAUAAUAAAUCAUCGCAAACAACGACCCCAAAGACAUCACCGCAAUCAUCACAAGCAGCAGCAACUACAAGAAUCGGCAGCAACGAGAAUAAUCCAGCAGCAGCAGCAACAACAACAACAAUCCCACCCACAGCCCCGUAUCCAGAACAAUCAACCACAGCAACUAGCGACUCCGCAGUCUCAGCGAUACCAAAGCCAAGUGCAACCUUCUCCGCGCGUGUUCAACAGCAACAGUCGGACGAUAGUUCAGCAUCACAAGCCACGCCUCCCGAGCAUCAUCAACCACAGAAGCCACACCCUCGAAGUACGGCUAGCGCAGCUAAGAAGCUUCUCAAACGAUCGCUACCAUCCACUGUCGACAGUCGACUCCUCGAGGCCACAUCGUCUGCUGCACCUCUUCGAAGGUAUAUUGGUAACUAAGUUUAUCAAGAGCAGUGAGUACCAGCGCAGUUGCGAGGCGGUGACGACCUAAUCAUCACUUUCAAGAUCACCCCUCGCCAGCCAAUUCCCUCCCCAUGACUGAUCAUCCCCAUCAUUAAGUUUCAGCUUUCGCCAGUUAAAAUCUUUCUUUUUCCACAGUCGAACAAGAAAGAAAAAAAAGAAGAAAAAAGCGCUCCAAAUAUUUAUGAGAUGAAUUAAAACAAACCUAGCUGUAGUUACGUGUACAUUUUAUUUUUUUGUAAUUUACUAGUAUCUGAACAAAUUUGAAAUUACCCUAUAGGAAAGUUUUAAUCGAAAUCAAAUGAAAGCUAGAAAUUUCAAUUUCCUAAAGUUUUAAACUCCACACGAAUAAACCAACAAAUCAAUGACAAAUGAACGAAACAACGCCCAAAACUACCACAGCAAACGUGAAGCAAACAAACAAGCUAAAAACUUAUACCAAAAUGAAUCCAAAAUGUACCAUCGUACUAUUUUUUCCAUUCCGUUUAAUCUCUACCCCCUCUCGUGGUUACUCUUCCUCUAUUUACGCAGAAUCAAGUUCUCCUGAAGUAAGCGAGCAAACGCAUCAAAUAAGUUGAUUAGUGUAAACAAAAUCACACUAAAACAAUUGUCAGCAAUCCGGAAACUCAUACUAGAAAAGAUAAACUCAUACAUAUAAUUCAACUGAGCAUAAUUUGUUGGCGCAGAUGCCCAAGAUUUAACGUAGAUUGUUGGUCACCCAACGGAUCAAAUCGAGUUUUGAGUCGAGGUUUUUUUUUUUUCAAUACAAAUAAUUUCGUUUUGGUGAACAGUUAUCAGUCACCUUCAAAAAAAAACAAGCGAUGCUUUCAACUACUAAACGCUGCUAGUGUUAGUAGGCGAUUCUACCAACACAUGAAGUACUUUUUUGACAGUGUAGAUACCAUACUAACUAAUUUUCGUGAUUGCAAACAAUAAACAGGCCGGCGUGUAACAAAUAUGAAGUUGUUGUUUUUUGACAAUUAAACCUACAAAGUGUCGGUUUAGUAGAUUAUGUUAAUGUAGAUUCUUGAAGUUAACCUCACUUCUUCGAAAUCGCAGUUAGCAUUGAUAACUCGAUGUCGCGUAAUACAUUCUCACAACUUGAAUUGCGGAGAAGUAACUGUCGGGAAUCUCCAUUUUUUUUUAAAUUUUAAUUUACGGAACUUUUAACGCAAACUAAUCUUUCCAACGUCUGUCUAAAAUCUAAUUCGUCUUUUCCUUUCCUCCUUGUACUCAAAAUCGCAGAGUACCGCUCUCAGCAGAGCGGUAGCUGGACGAACUCAUUCGUGUUCUCUCACCAGCACUCACGGACGCGAGCGAUCGAAAGAAUGUUUUGUUAUGAAAGCUCUCUUUCUCUCACUUUUGGCCACCAUACCGUUGUAUGUGUUUUCUCGUAAUUCAUUUUCAGUAUGAUCCACGCUGUUACAUGGUUGUACACUGGAACAAUAGUGAACAUUCUUAUUUGCUGAAAUUCAUUUUUUAAAACAUUUUUAAAUUUCCUUUUAUAAUUCCUACAGUAACUUCAUUCUUUAUUGGUUUUCUCCCUCUCACUCUCAUUCAAAACUUUGACUUGAUCCUGUCGAAAUAAUCGAAAAAUUAGCAUUCCUCAAAAACGCAGCCAAUCAAAACUCACAAUUCAUCAUUUCACCUGUAGCCAGAAGUAUUACUGAAAGAAAGCAGAAAACAAAAAUCACGAUAAAAAAACAAUAAUUACUGUUGUAAAUAAAAAUUUAAUACUCUGUAAAAAGUGUUAACGACUUUUCAGUUUAUUGAUUAGUAAUCUUUUUUUCUAAUUUUAUCUGAGUACGUUCUAUUAUUUAUUACAUUUAAGCAGUCAGUAAAAACUAAACCUAUAGAAUAUUUAAAAAAACUAAUUGUUUCCAUUGAAACAGGAUACUUUUUGAAGUGCGAUUUAUUUACGUUUGUAUUGUUUUGGCAACUAUCGUGAGAGAGAUUAACGAAAAACAUUUGCACACUCACUCCUCGAAAUGAGAUCGAAAAAAAAGAUACAGUCGAAGCGUCGUCGAUUGUCACCAAUCUAGUCAAUUUCAGCUUAUGUUAAGUGUAACUUAUUUAUUACCAGUCUUGUUCCGGUACCAAAUCACCUAAUUAUUAUUAUUCAACUGCACACACAACAAAAAAAUCAAACAUAAAUACAAUCAAUCAUUCGUUAGAAGAAAAACAAAAAGUAUUUUGAGUAUGUAGCAAAGUGCAUUUUCAGUUUACGGUUUUAACACUUAAGCGAUAAUUAAUUGGCUACGUGGUAUGCAAACAAUCAACAAGAAACAGCAAACAGAAUUGAAACACAACUGUUGCUAAGCGCCGAAACAAUAAAAAAACUACUAGAAAGGGAAAAAAUGAGAGAACCGUCAAACCGCCAUUUCCAUAACGAAGAAAUGACAAGAAAUCUACCGUGCGUGGAAAAUAAAGAAAAAAGAAAUAUUAGUUCCUUCUAUCUGAUGUACCACAAUAAUAAUGAUAGUUUUAGUACUGUACAGAAUUUGAAUACAAGAGCAAAACAAACCGAGAGGAAAAGCUGAUUAGUGUUUGUUGCUGAUAAUGUGGUUAUAAUUUAUUGCAAAUAUCAUCGACUACUGGCAAAUUGGUAAACGAAUAGUUUAGUCAGUAAUUUACAGCAGAAAGAGUUAGCAGAAAAAACACGUCAACUCAAUUUAGCCGGGUUUGCUCUCUAUGGAGAGUCCGUUUGUGACACAUUUCCUCCCGUUGCUUUGUUGUAUGUAUGUUGUAAAUAGUGUACACAAGCUGGCGUGGUACCUAACUAUUAGCCACCUCAUUUGCGAAAACUAGCUUUGACUAGCAUACUUACUCGAAACAAAACCUACACACUCAAAGACGCAUACAUCUAACACACACAGUAAGCGAAGAAAAUGCUCUCCUUAGACUGCAUUCGAAAAAAAUACUCUUCUAGGUUUCCGGCCUUUCGAUGAUGAUAAUGAUGUGGAUAGAGUUAGCGUUGUAUUUAAUGAAGCAAAUGAAAAAUAAUAAGAGAACAAAUGAAAUGCAUACAAUAAAAAUUAACUAAAAAUUGAUUAAAAUAUAUAGUAGGAACAGAGAAAUAAAUUAUCAGCUGUCCUGCAACUAUUGCUAGUUAAGUUUCUAAUCUUAGCGAGUAUAAUGAAAUUCCUGUAAAUACUAGUUAAUAAAUAAAAAAUUAUAAAAACAAAAACAUUAGAAACUGAGCAGAACAGACGGUUAAGUUGAGAUGUUUAAAAAAUAAAGCAGCAUAGGAAAAGAAACAACAUAACGAAUAAACAACACGGAAAUGAAAAUCAAAUUGGUUCAUGGCCGCAGAACAUGCGCAAAACGUAAAACUGACAAAACGAAAGGAAAUGAAGCAAGCAUAAUAUAUAGUGAACAAAAGAACAAUGUAUAGUGGUUAGAGAAUUGUAAUUUUAUUUGGUCUUUAUAUUUAUAUUAAAUAUAUAUUUUAACAAUUUCUUUUAAUAAAAACAAGCCAAUUAAAUGAACAAUUAUUCAACA